AUGGAAGAUUUAAUUGAUAACCUUCUUGUUCUGGAAGACAAGAUGGCCGCCGAAAGUCUUGAAAUAUUGUUUGAGAAGAAUAUGGUCAACAACUCAUUCUGGGAAUAUCUCGACAAAGGAGGAAAUAAUCUGCUUCAUUUGAUGGGGUUGCAAUCAAUGCCAAGCACUGUUAGCUGGAUAUUGGGACAGCAGAAGGGUCUUGCAGAGAAGAAAAACAGCCGGGGAGAAACGCCCUUUGAUGCCCUUCAAGCUCGCCUAGAAAAUGCCCGAACAUUAGGCCACAUCUCUUACCCACCAACGGGAGAUUCCUCUGGUUUCAGUGAUGCCUCCGUCUCUUGUCUGUUACAGUUAGCCAGAAUCUCCGUCAACUCUGAUCAAAAAAAAUCCUGUUUAAAGUUCGGAUGCACUUGUUGCGAAUGUGCAUUUGGAUUCCUGAGUCCUCGCAUGUGUCUGGUUUUAGAGUGGUACGCGAACCGUUGGGCGUGCUUCCUGCGCGAUGAUAUCGGAGAGGGAGAAACAUGGACGCGGUUAAAUGCUGCCAACCUGAUAUUCACGUCGUGCGAAAUACAGCGCGAGCUUGCCAAGCGUAGGGCAAUGAGAGAAGGCUUCGCUGCUGUUGCCGGGUUUAUCGCGGCUUGUUUGAGAUGUCAUAUUAUCCCUACGGAAGAGAAUGUCAGGGAGGUCAUACUUACAUCACAGGAGUGGCCCCCAAUUUGUGAGGAUUAUCUGUUACGAGGUGGAACGGUUUCAGCAGUCGCUUGCAUAAUAUUCCGGGAUGCAGCAGAAAGCGAUAAUCGGGCAGAAUGUUCACAAUUCCAGGAUGAGAAUGAAGAAACUAUUGUCCAGCUUCCAAUAUGCCGAAACGACCACGAGUUUGGGUUAGUCCGUGCCAUAUGCGGUUAUGCAGAUAUCUCAAGGAUUUCCCACUUCAUUGCAAGAAGCAACCAACCCCAACAAACCCGAACUGACGUGUAA